AUGCCCGUCCACAAGUCCCAGGGUCCCAAACUGCACUUUGCAGUGGUAGUGCUGUUGUGUGUGACGGUGUCAUCUGAGGCACUCGGUCUGGUUGAACUAUUGGAGAGAGUCUCCCAGGUGUCUGACAAGCUGCACUCUCUCAGCUCAUCAAUUACCAACGACCUAAAUUCCCAUAUCCCUCCAAUGGGAAAGAUCAUCAUGCGCCCAUCGAUGUGCCACACAUCUUCCCUCCAAACUCCCAAUGACAAGGAGCAAGCCCUCAGAGUGCCUGAGUCUGAGCUGCUGUCCUUGGUUCGUUCACUACUGGUUGCGUGGUCAGAUCCUCUAGCCGUGCUGUUGAAUGAGGCUCCUGGUCUUGUCCACCCUGACAAAAGCCUGAUCUACAGCAAGACCAAAGAACUUCAAGAGCAUUCAAACACUUUGGGUGAUGGCUUGGAUCGUCUAGUCCACAAGAUGGGGCCUACUUCCCAGGUCAUCUCGUCUCUACCCUUCAACAACGACUCUGCGAACGACAAGAACAUGCGCUUGUCCAACUUCCACUUCCUGCUGUCUUGUUUUCGCAGAGACUCCCACAAAAUUGACAGCUUCCUCAAGGUCCUUCGCUGCCGGGCAGCCAAGCUGCGUCCAGAGAUGUGUUAA